AUGGAUUUCACGGAAGCCUAUUCUGAUCGGUGUUCCGCCGUGGGGCUUGCAGCCAGAGAAGGAAAUGUUAAAAUGCUGAGGAAACUUAUUAAGCAGGGAUACAGCAUCGAUGUUCCAGAUAACAGGGGGUGGGUGCCAAUCCACGAAGCAGCAGCUCACAAUUCGAGUGAAUGUCUGAGGCUGCUCGUUCGUGCAGCUCCAUCUGAUGACUACAUAAACUCAAAGACGUUUGAAGGGAUGUGUGCGCUGCACCUUUCAGCAUGCCAUGGGGCUCUGGAAAGUGUUCGUGUUCUUCUGGAAGCUGGGACAGACCCCAAUGAAGUUACCACCGAAGCAACCACCCCGCUGUUCCUAGCUGUUGAAAAUGGACAUGCAGACAUUGUAAAGUUUCUGCUCCAACAUGGAGCAAAUGUUAAAGGACCUCAUUCUUGGUCUGGAUGGAAUUCUUUGCACCAAGCUGCUUUUCAGGGAUGCACUGAGGUAAUGAAAAUACUCCUGGAGGAAGGGGCAAACAAGGAAUGUAAGGAUGACUUUGGAAUUACACCUUUGUUUGUUGCUGCUCAGUAUGGAAAGCUGGAGAGUUUAAGACUGCUUGUAUCCCACGGGGCGGACAUAAACUGUCAAGCUAAGGACAGAGCCACUCCCUUGCUGAUUGCUGCACAGGAGGGUCACUUGGAGUGUGUGGAACUGCUGUUAUCAAAAGGAGCAGAUCCAAAUCUCUACUGCAACGAGGAUAACUGGCAGUUACCUAUUCACGCGGCGGCUGAAAUGGGCCAUAAAAAUAUAUUAGAGUUGUUGAUACCAGUUACUGAUCGGAUUUGUGACAAAGGCAAAGGCAAAGUGAGCCCUGUGUAUUCAGCAGUAUAUGGUGGUAAUAAAGAAUGUUUGGAAAUGUUACUUAAAGAAGGCUACAGUCCAGAUGCUCAGGAGUGCCUUAACUUCAACUGCAGAUCACCCAUGUGUAUGGUCUUCCAAAAAGAGUUUUUUUAUUUCAUUGAUAUUUUCCUGAAAUACGGGAUCACCUUACUUGGGAUUAAUUUGGGAUAUUGCCUGUUCCAUGAAAAGUUUACUUUGUUUCAACGCUUCUUGAAGCUGGGCUGUUCACUGCCUUCUGGGGACCAGUUACCGGAGUUCCUAAGUUACACAAUUAAAGCACACGAGGAGUACAAGGAAUGGCUACCUUAUCUGCUCUUGGCUGGUUUUAAUCCGGUGGAUUUAAUGCGCACAUUCUGGAUUUUCUCUGUGAGCGAGAAUGCCCUUAAUUUCAUCCUGGAGUUCACGAACUGGAAGAGACUUCCUCCAGCUGUAGAGCAAGACCUUUCAGACUACAAAGAGAAGUUCACGUGGACUCCCAAGAGCCAUUUUG